UUGAGUUGAUGACCAAAUAUCAUUGCCAACAAAAACCAAACUAAACAAAACCUUUUAGUCUUUAAUUUAGUCCCAAAUGUGUAGGGUGUGUGUGCCGCAGUGUUUUUUCGGUUAUAUUACUAUUAAUUAAUUUAUUAUUGUUGAUACUAGGUAGUGAUAAAUUAUAAAUAAACGCAGUAUCAAUUGAAGUCGAACUGUUAGGAAUUGAAUUGUGAAUAAAUUAUUUAUAAAGUUAGCAUUUCAUACAACAUUCUUGAAUCUACACAACUAAUAUACUUACACCAUGACUAUAACGAUGACAAGAAAAGUAAGUGAAUGCCAUGCAGAAACUCUCCAGUUUAUGCCAAUUGAGAAAGUGGAAGAAGAAUGCAUAAUGGAAAAAGACUACUGCAGCAGCACCACGCUACUUCGUAGAGGGAAAAGACUAGAAGACAAUAACAAUAUAACUAAGGAAGAUAUUUUGUAUAUAAACUACAGACAGCUCUUAAAAUAUGAAGAAGCUCCAGUAUAUUUGCAGCACAACCCUUUUAUCAGAGAUGGAUAUCGGAAGUUACUACCUACUAAAUUAUGCUGGGAGAGCAUAUUCUGGUGGACGAAUGAAACCAUGAACAUAUGGACACAUAUCUUUGGUUUCUUUCUCCUGCUCUUCCUAACAAUCAACGACCUUGUCAUCAUAAAUAUUCAUGCCACCCUAACCGACAAGACAGUUGCAGCGAUUUUGUUCUCCUGUUUUUUGGUUUGCAUGGCGCUGUCCGCUCUGUACCACACUUUCUCGUGCCGCUCCGAGUCUGAUUACAACACGUUCCUCAUGUAUGACCUAUUCGGCAUAGCGCUCUCAUUGCUUGCUAUUUACACAUCCGGCGUAUACUACGCAUUUUGGUGUCACCACGAGUUAAAAACAUUCUACAUGCUGACAGUAACUGUGAUAUUUGGUGUGGCGAUGGCGCUGCAAAUUCCGCGAUUCAACGUGCCCUAUGCGGUCAAGAUGUGCGUCUUCAUCGGCUGGGCGGCGUAUGGCGUCCUGCCCACUUUACACUGGACCUACGUUAUGGGGGGAUUCGAUAAUCCAAUGGUUCAGAUGUUCUUCCCAAGAGUGAUCGGAAUGUAUGUUAUCAGUGGCACUGCUUUUGCAAUUUACGCCUUUAAGGUCCCAGAGCGGUGGUUCCCUGGUAAGGUAGACUACAUCGGCCAUUCACACCAAUGGUGGCAUGUUUUAGUACUAGGUGCAUUGUACUACUGGCACAAUUCGGCUAUGAUUUACGUCCAGUAUAGGAUGAACCACGGAUGCGCUAACACCAUGCGGAUUUUCUAACAACUGUUUAAUAUUUGUUAGGAAUCAAUUGAAGACCAGGUGUCAUUGGCCAAUCUGAGUGCCUUAGUCCUUUUGGAUUUUUAUACCAAUGGUGCUUGGUAUGCCCCAUUAAUUGGUGAACUUGUUAUAUAAAAUAUGAAGUAGUAAUUUUAGACCCCUUUUCCACUAACCAUUUCUAGGAGUGAUUGUGUUUACAUUUACUGGAGUUGUCAUAAUGCCAUACAAAUUUCAUUCUGCUGGCAAAGACUGAAGUAACUCCGCUAGUAGGUUAGUGGAAAUGGGUUUUAAGUUCUAAGAAAGCUGGAAAUCAAUUUUAAAGAUAUAUUAAUAUCAGAAGCGUUGAAGAUAAUUCUUUUUAUAUCUGAACUGAAUAUUGUU